CACGAAUGUAUACGUAUGGGACCAUUCGCGUACAUAGCCUACACGGAAAUUCAAUGAACUUCAAUUUCCCUUCCUCCGUCCUGGAAAACUGAUACAAUCAACAGAUAAAUGGGUGUUUAUUUCUGAGCUGCAUUAUUGGUGCCUUUGGGUAGCUGCAAAAUGGACUACCUUGACUACGACAACCAAAACCAGCCCUCUGGGCAACAACAGCAACCUCACAGCACAGCAUCCAUCCCCCACCAUCCCAACCACUCCCACCACCAACCGGCCAUGAACCACUCCUUCCCGCAACACCUGCAACUGCAGCCUGUCUCGCAGCAACACAGUGCUUACCUGCAACCCCACCACUCUCAGUCGUCUGCUGCUUCCACUGCUGCCAGUCCUCACCUCCAGCACCUGCCGCCACCUCAAGGAGGGUUGUCAGUGCCCUUCUUGCACCAUGGGGCUCCGCUUGGUUUUGCAUCUGUUCGUGGAGGAGAGGGAGGAACGGAGAGGAGUAUCUUGCACCGGGAUGUCCCGCCAAUAUCCCACCGAGUACAAGUCAGAGGCGUUCCACAGGUUAUGGAAAGCAUAUUCAGUUCAGUGAUUCAAGAAGGUGUCGACCCCUCCGUCGGCCAUCUUGAACCUCCCGCUCCAAGUUCUCUGGAACCAGAACCAUCCACCCCACAGCAACUCCCCUCACACUCAACAGCCACCCCUACUCAGCCCACCACUACCCCUACUCGGCCCGUCGCCACCCCCACCCAUCCCAGCAGGCCUCCUCUCUCUGAGAAGCCAGCCAGGAUCAUGGUCAAUGAUGGGAACCUACAAAGGAAUGCUGGUCAAAAACUUGGAAAGACAGGAAAUGCCAAGAAGCCAAUGCUGCAUGCGAUCCUGCCAGAAGGCUUCAGCUACCAGUUUGCAGACAAGGGUGGUCGCACCAUCCAAGGGGUGGUGGUGGACCGUUUCAUCCAGAAAUCUCAGUGGUUCGGUCCUUUCAACGGCACCUUGCUGGACGAGGAAGCCGGUCAAGACAUUGGCUCAACCUGGGAGCUGUGUCUCCAAGGCAACGUGUGGUUCUACCUGGACGGUAAGAACAAAAUCCACAACAACUGGUUGUACCACAUCAACCCUGCAAGGACCAGAGAAGAACAGAACCUAGAGGCCUUCCAGCACUACGGGGACAUCUACUUCAGAGCCCUGGACAACGUCCAACCCGGUACGGAACUCAAGGUCUUCUACUCUGAUGAAUACAUGGAGAAGAUAGGAUGUAGCGUGAAGCUGGAAGAUUUGGGAUAUGAUAAAGAGGCUGACUGUUUCAGAUGUCACCGGUGUGAAAGAACGUACAAUACAUCCAAGAGCAUGCUGCGGCACUUCAAGUACAGUCACUCCAAGGAGGACCAGACACCAAGCAGGAGUAGCAAUCUCAAGGAAAGGAUCAGCAAGAAGGCCAGAUUGAUGGAAUCACUGAAACAACCCUUGGAGGGACGGAGUCACCUGGAGCCUCCAGAGACAUCAUGGAGUAUAAGGGAACUGCUUUGUGACAAAGAAGAACAUUUUGUUUGCGUCACGUGCGGCAAGCAUUUUCCGACAAACGGUCGUCUCAAGGCCCAUGAACGGUUCCACGAGAGCACCUGCGAGAAGUUUGAGUGUGACAUGUGCGGUGCUGUCUUCAAGACGUCACUUUCGCUGAUGAGGCACAAGAAGAUCCACACAGAGAUCCAGUUUAAGUGCACCUUGUGCUUCAAGAAGUACACCUGUCGCUCCCACCUGUCCCGACACAUGCAUACUGCGCAUGGGUUCGAGAGGGUGAGAGGGAAAAUCCUGUGCAUGGGUUGUUCGAGGAAGUUUCUCCUGGAGGAUGAUAUGUUGAAACAUCUCAAGAGUUGUAAGGGGCUUCAGACAGUGAUGAAGGAGAGAACCCAGGUAUCCUCGGAAGACGAUGACAACGGUACCUCCAGCAGAGGUGAGGAAGGGUUGGACCCAGACGAAGAUCAAAGGAACACGGCUAAAUCAUUGGAAAGGCAUGGGAAGGUCCAUGCCGAUCGGGAGAGUGAGUGUACCUUAUGCCACAAGCAUUACAGCUCUCGUUCGCACCUGUCCCGACACAUGCAUACUGUACAUGGCUUUGAGCGGGUGAGAGGGAAAAUUGUCUGCAUGGGGUGUUCGAAGAUGUUUUGUCUGGAAGAGAAUAUGUCACAGCAUCUUCGGCGCUGUAAGGGACUCCGGGAGCUCCUCAAGAGGAAGAAGAACCUACGCAAGAUAUCAAGCAACUCUGAUGAUGAUGAUGAUGAUGGGUUUAUCCCCAAUGAGGAAGAGGAAAGCUGUGGAGUGUUGAAAGCAUUGGAAGGUCCUGAUAGGGCUAUGGGUCAGUCAACUAUGGGUGAUUUGAACGAGACGGAAACGUUUGGUGUUGAGACAAACAGACAAGGAGAGGAUAGUAAAGGGAGGGUGAUUGAUAUGUUGGGGGUUCGUUCGUUUCAGGACGCUUCCAAACCCUUCAAGUGUAGCUACUGCACCAAGAGAUUCCUCACCAAGAAUAGGUUGCUUCGCCACAAGCACAACAGGCAUCCUAAAAGCUCCGUCUUCAAAUGUGAUCACUGCGACCAGACGUUCCCUUACAAGCAUCGACUGCUGAAACACCUGCCCACGCACAACAAGGACAAGCGGUACAAGUGCCAGCUCUGCCCUCGCAGCUUCGCAUCGGAGAUUGCCCUCUCAAACCACCAGGAGGAGCACACCGACGCAAGGCCCCACAAAUGCGAGCCGUGCAUUAGGGCGUUCCGGACACGAAAGCUCCUUCUGAGCCACAACAGAAGGAUACAUGCUGUCCGGGAGAUGCGCUUCGCUUGCUCGUUUUGCGACAAGAAGUUCCCGGAGAGGACCAACCUCGUCCUCCACGAGCGCCGUCACAAGGGUAUACGACCCCAUGUUUGUUUGGCGUGUGGGAAGGCGUUUACGAGUAAACAUUGUCUCAUUACUCAUAUGAGGAUACAUACUGGCGAGAAGCCUUUCAAAUGUAACUUAUGCGGGAAAUGCUUUCCGUUAAAUCAUCAUCUUGAACAACAUCUGAUGUCUCAUUCUCGUCAGGGAAAUGCAAAUUACGCGGGAAAUGCUUCCCCGUAAAGGUAAUACAAAGUUUUGGGAUGGCGUCAUGAAUUUGGUUAAAAAUGAACAUAUUGGAUCCUACAAUAUUCAGUGAUCAUUGUCGCGGUUGAA